AUGAAUUCCGACUUGUCGGAGCACGAAAUGGAGAUGGAUGAGGGCGACGACCUCUACGAGCCAGAGGAGCCCAAGGUUAACCAGGAUGAUAAGAAGCCAACCGUCUCUAAAACCGAAGAGCUAGAGGAAGGAGAAGAAGAAGAUGAGAGCGGCGCAAUGGAUGAAGAUGACGAUGAUUCUGAUAUUGAUAUUAUUACCGAGAGAAAAGAUGGGACUACAGCGGCACCUCCGACACAAUCCAAAUAUAGCGACAUUCGUAAUAUCCCCCAACGAUCGACAUCUGGCGAUUCACCCGCGAAACCGGCACCGACAAAACCGGAAGAGGAUUCAAAGGCGCAGAGCAAUGUGAAAAACGUGGCAGCACCUAGCGCGGACAAGGCGUCUGCAGCCGCGUCUAAAUCUACGAUUGAUAUAAAUGCCAACCCGAUGUAUCCUCCUGCCGGGAAGCCUAUAACACAUGUCAAUAUUGAUGAGGAUCUUCCCGAUAACGAAAAGCCGUGGCGAAAACCAGGCACUGACAUCAGUGACUAUUUCAAUUAUGGCUUUGACGAGUUUACUUGGGCUCUGUAUGCGGCCAAGCAGGAGAGCAUUCGGGGAGAGUUUGGGGCUGACGCCUUCGCAUCUAACAACAAGAAGAUGAUGGAAGACUUCAAUAGCAUGAUGAUGAUGGGAGGUAUGGGAAUGCCUGGCGCGGCUGGUGGAGGAGGAACAUCUAUGCAAGGCAUGGAUGGAAUCCCCCCUGAGAUGCAGGCCAUGAUGCAACAGAUGAUGGCAUCGGGAAUGGAUCCAUCCCAGAUGGAUCCCAGUCAAAUGAGUGCAAUGUUUUCGGGUAUGCAAAACGGCGGCGCUGGUUCAGGAGCACAGGGGAACCAAGGACAGAACUUUGGCGGUGGGUUUGGUGGCAAUCAAGGGGGCUACGGCUAUGACCAAGGCAUGUCCACGGGAGCUGGAGGACGCGGCGGGUUCAGCGGCGGUGGACGUGGCCGCAGAGGACGCUGGUAA